AUGAGGCACUAUGAGAGCCCUCCUGGCAAGAAUCGCCGUACUGUGAAGACCAUACCAUCGGCCGUGCCCACGCGGCGGCAACCUCAAGUCGCAUCAGAUCCCAAGUUGAUCAAGAUCUCGCAAUUGACAGAAACACAUCUGCCGGUAUUUGCUACCAAGACUGAUGUUCAGCAAUUCUUUGAGGAAAGCGGCUUUACCGUGUAUGACACCUAUUUCCCACUUCUCGGAAGAACCUAG